AUGCCAGAGCCAAAUAUUGAUGCCAUUGGACGUCAGGAGAGUGAAGGGCUGGUGCUCGAUAAGGUGGUGAACUUUACAUGGGAGAAUCUGACCUAUCGAGUUCCCGUUGAGGACGAUGACGGUAACGUUACAGAAAAGACGUUAUUGUAUAAUUUAAGUGGUACCGCUCUUGGUGGGCGUGUGUUGGCAAUCAUGGGGCCAUCCGGUGCUGGUAAAACAACACUCAUGGGAGCUAUCACUGGAAAACUGUAUAAUCCAAAGGCAACACUGGAGGGAUGCUGCUUCCUCAACAACACCAUCUACUCACAACGCUACAAGAGGCUGGUGUCCUACGUGUCGCAAGACGAUAUCGUGAUGGGCAAAGAGACUCCUCGCGAGGCUAUUCGUUUCGCAUGUCGUGUGCGUCUGGGAAUGGGUGCGAAGGAAUCAGAGGAACUCGUAAAUGAGGUCAUUAAACGUCUCCAUCUCACGAAGUGUCAGGACACCAUAUUGGGUAUUCCCGGUAUUUUGAAGGGGGUUUCUGGUGGUGAACGAAAACGUGCAAAUGUUGCUACAGAGCUUGUGACGAAUCCGUAUGUUAUGCUGUUGGAUGAACCGACCACAGGUUUGGACUCUGUGAACGCCUUACGUGUUGGGCAAAUGCUACAGGAGUUGGCAAGAAAUGACAUGCGUACCGUCAUUGCGACCGUUCACUCACCAUCAUCUGAACUCAUGGAUGUAUUUGAUGAUCUUUUGCUUCUGGCAAAGGGUCACGUUAUCUACCAUGGUCCAACACAAGAUUCCGUUGCGUACUUUGCCAGUCUUGGUUAUCAAGUACCCCCACAUACCAAUCCUUGUGAGUAUUUUAUGAAUAUUCUGCAGCUUCCAGAACAGGAACUAUCACAGCUUUGGUUGGCAUGGGAAGACUAUGUAAUGUCCCCGGCAGCGAACAAUAAUCCAUGUUUAAUGGUGGUCCAGGGCCCUAUUUCCCAUCAAGAUGAAUACUUGGAGAAACAGUUGAAGCUGAAGGGAUCUAGUUUCGGCGUGCAAUUUGUGGAGCUUUGGAAACGUUCAUUCCGAAUGUUUUGUCGAGAUCCAGGUGCCUUUAUAGGUCGAACAUUUCAGACAUUGUUUUUCUCAGUAUUUAUGGGUCUUUUCUUCUUCAAUGUGAAGGUAAAUCAACAGGGUGUACAGGAUCGUUCAGGUGCGCUCUAUAUGACUCUAAUGAACAAUUUGAUGGGUGCUGCAAUGAAUGGUAUUUCUGUUUAUCCACCAGAGAGGGCUGUUUUCUUGCAGGAACAGGCCAAUGAUUCCUAUAAUGCAUUUGUCUAUUUUGCUGGAAAGUAUAUGGCAGAAUUACCUUUUCAAAUACUAUUCCCAACAUUAUUUGACAUCAUUUCGUACUUUAUGAUUCAUUUCCACCGUUCAGCGGGUGCCUUCUUUGUGAAUUGGUUUAUUUUGGUUCUCCUUGCAACACUGGGUUAUUCCUUUGGUCUGAUGUUUGCAACCUUCUUUGAUACCGCAACCACAGCCUUUGCACUCGUACCAACAAUUUUGCUUCCAUUGUUUGUUGUUGCCGGACUGUUCGCCAACACGAGCCGCCUAUACCCUUACUGGGUUUGGUUGAAUUACCUCUCCUUCCCACGUCACGCGUAUCUUGGUGUUUAUACCAAUGAGUUCAGACGUUUGGGUGUUAUUUGUAAUCCCGUAACUCCCACAUGUGUAUAUGCCGAUGGCCAGACAGUUCUUGUUAAGAUGGGUUUUGAAAACUGGCACUAUUGGCAGAGCUUUGUUGCACUCAUUGUUUACCAAAUGGGAUUUGCCAUAAUUGGUAGCAUCUCAUUGUAUGUUCAGGGAAUGAAGCGACGAGGGAGGUUGAGUUAUACAAAGAAUCUCAAAUCCCGCGUGGCCUCAUCUCGGGCAAUCGCCUUCUUAGACAGCAAUAAUGAUGGAAUCUCAGAUUCAGGCAUGUCUCCAAUGGAUGGGCUCCAAAAACCUUCUGUGGCCCAUACUGGCUGA